UAAACACGCAUCCUAGGCGUUUUAUUUCAUGGAGAAUCAUUGUUUUCGUUUGUUGUUACACCAAAAACGCUCUUUUUGUAAGUAUUUCGCAAAAACACAAAUCACAAAAAAGCGACUUUAUCACCAAUUCCUUAUCAAAGAUGGAGUUUAACAAAUCGCGUGACGAGGAUGUUUUCAGUGUCGUUGACAUAACCAAUUUUGAGUCAAAUGACGAAGAAAUAGAUAUUUUCAGUAUGGCSUCAUUGGGUAAUUACAUUUUGUUGGGGCACCAGAGCGAAAAUUCGGACAAAAACGACGAAAAACUGCACCGAUUAUCACUAGCCUAUGAAAAACUCCACUCAAUUCCCAAAAUUCUCCUACAAGAACUCGCCCCAAGAGUCCAAAUCCUAGAUUUGAGCCACAAUGAGUUCGAUAAUUUAGACUUUUUAWUCGAAUUUAAAUCACUAACCACGUUUAUCUGUGAUCACAAUAAUGUUAAUUCAAACACAAACUUGCCGUUUUUACCCCAAUUGGAACUACUUUGGCUCAAUCAUUGCAAAGUGACUUCGUUGUACCCGUGGGCGAAAAAAUUGCAAUCCUCGUGUCCAAAUUUGAAGUAUUUGUCACUAAUGGGCAACCCUGGAGCCCCCUCGUACCUCAACGGGGGUAAUUUCUACGAAUAUUUGCAAUACAGACUAUURGUCAUUUCGCUUUUCCCGAAAUUAGUUUAUUUGGACGAUAGACCGGUGACUACCGAUCAGAAAACUGAAGCUGAAAGAUUGUAUCGCAAACCGUUAGUUGAACGUCUAGUCAUGAAAAGCCACGGCGUGAUUCCUGAAUAUUUACGUCAAAUUUCCGAUAUUCUCACACCAGCGCCAUCUUUCGUAACACAAGAAAAAAACGUCAUAGUUUAGGAAUUUUUUWAUUUUUUACAAAAUAAAUCGGGUUUUGUGUGAAUGCYACAUGAGUGGAUGCAAUAAAGUGUUCAAAAAUGACAA